GCAGCCCCAAAGUGUCAGUGUUUGGCAGAGCCGUUCCCCCAAUUCUGCAGAAGGAAAAAAGCGCUCGACAGUGGCGGCGUCGUUCACCCGUGCGUGUUCCCGUGCUCGUUUGGGUGCCCAUUUGUUCGGGAAAUCUUGUACCCAGCUUCGUUGCAGCGCUGAUUCAAGCAAGGUGUGUGUGUGUGCGUGUUGAAAAAGUGUGAAUUUAGUGAAAAAGUUCAAGUUACGUAUUCUUGCAGGUUCUUUGCACGACACAAGCGAAGGAGGUGGUACAAUGCUCUUCCUUGGCGAUGUGUUUUGUGAACCGGAUCGCACACUGAUCUUUACCGUAAUGUGCAUGCAUUAACCCCAGUGUAUGUGUGUGCGUGUGCGAGCAUGUGUUUACGCGCGUUUAGUGUAUAUGAAAUUGUGUGUUAGUGUGUGUGCGAGUUUAUCGUGAGCCCACGCGUUACGAGGCGCUGUUGUCUCUGGCCUGGUGGGUCAUAAACCAAAGAUAAAUAAACCAUAAACCAGUAGGGUAGUUGCCUAAAAUUGGCCCAAGAAAGUGUCGUUCGCUAGCAAAGAAAAGCCUCAGAGUCAUCCUUUGAUCGGUGAAGGUGCGUGUGUGUGUGAGACGAGUGUGUGGUUUGUGGCACGCGGGUCCUCCCCCCGGGUGUUUGGCGGUGAGUGCGGCACGAAAUUGAAACAGUGACAUCGAUCGAUCUUUGCUUGCACCCGGUGUGUUCCCGGUUGGCCGAUCGGCACGUGUGGUCGGAGUGUGAUGGAGCCUCUGCCCCAGAGUAGGUGGUGGCGCUGGAGACGGCGCCAUUUGCUGACGGGCUCGCUGUUGCUGCUGGUGUGUUUGCUGCUAGCAAUCGAUCCGACCCCCGUCAGUGCGGACCCGGACGAGGAUAUUCCGCAUAACGAAGUACGAAACUGGGCCAUCCGCUUCGGCGUCGACCUGUGGGAGUUUGGACGACAGUUUACCAAAGUGAACGACAUCAGAAAUCGCUUCAAGGACUCGGACGUGGACGUGACCCGGAAGGAUGGCAUACUGCUGCUGCGCGAGCUGGCGGCGGAAGUGAAGAACUUUAUGGAUUUCAAAAUGAACGCCGUAAUGCGAAUAAUGGAUUCUGCAGAGCAGGCCGCCCUGUCCGAGUCCGACCCGGAGUCGGCGACGUCCAAAGCGCACCCGAGCGCAUUCUACGACGCGCGCCGUAUCAACGAGUACCAGUCCGAUGGCCGGCUGGCGGAAGGGUCGCGGCAGAUGCUGCUCCGCCAUAUGCGUCGGUUCGAGGGCUACCCGGUCAAUAUCAGCCUCAGCUCGGUGCUGCUCCCGGCGGGCGUCAGUUUGGACGAUCCGGAAACACAAAGCGCCAUCAAGUGGUCGUCCCAUCUGGAUCCACUGUUUGCGAACAACAUCGAGCGCGAUUCGGCCCUGUCGUGGCAGUACUUUGGCAGCAGCACCGGGUUUCUGCGCCGGUUUCCGGGCACCGCCUGGCCACCGGAGACGUCGUACGGCAGCAAGGAGAUAAACGACUUCCGCUCGGAGGAUUGGUUCAUACAGGCGGCUUCCUCGCCGAAGGAUGUGAUAAUUCUACUCGAUUCGUCCGGGUCGAUGAGUGGCAAGGAGUACCAGCUGGCGGUGGCCACUGCCAGCGCCAUCUUGGACACACUUGGCGAUGAUGAUUUUUUCAAUCUGAUUUCAUUUUCGGAUCAAUCGCGAGUGAUUGUGCCCUGCUUCCAGGAUAAGAUGGUACGAGCCACGCCGGACAACGUGAAGGAAGUGAAGACGGCCAUCAAUGCGGUGGAGUGUGAAAAUACAGCCAAUUUUUCCGCCGCCCUUGAAACAGCUUUCGAGCUGCUGCGUAAGUACAACCAAAGCUCGCAGGGCAGCCAGUGCAAUCAGGCCAUUAUGCUAAUUACCGAUGGGCCGAGCGAUACGUUCAUGGAGGUGAUCAAGCAUUACAACCAUCCGCAUAUGCCGGUGCGCAUUUUCACCUACCUGAUCGGGACGGACAAGAGCGGGGGCAAAAAUCUCUAUAAAAUGGCGUGCGAAAAUAAAGGCUUCUUUGUGCAGAUAAACAGCCCCGAGGAGGCCAAGAAGAAGGUGGUCGAGUACGCGCUCGUUAUGGCCCGUCCGAUGGUGCUGUACCAAGCGGACCAUCCCGUCCACUGGAGUCCGGUGUUUAUGGGAGGCCGCAGCGGCAUACUGGGGCGGGAGAGUGAAAACCGUCGCAAGCUGGUCACCACCGUAUCGACGCCGGUGUUCGAUCGGCGCAAUCACUCGACGAGGGCGGCCAAUCUGCUCGGCGUUGUCGGGACGGACGUACCGAUCGAGGAGAUCCAGAAGAUGAUCCCCCAGCACAAGCUGGGCGUGAAUGGGUACGCGUUCAUCGUGGACAAUAAUGGGCGCGUGCUGUACCAUCCGGAUCUGCGGCCGCUGAGCGACAAUGAUCAGUACAGUGCGACCCUGAAGCAUAAGUACAAUUCGGUCGAUUUGACCGAGGUCGAGCUGCCGGAGGUGGACAAUCCGAGCAACACGAUCAACGAACGGCACGACCAGCGCUACGCCAAUACGCUUCAGGAGCUACGCAAUGAGAUGGUUAUGCAGAAGGAAGGCGAAAACGAACUCACCGUACUAACGCAUCUGGACUCGAUGAAGCGUGUGUCCUUGCGUUUUCAGAAAUACUUUUACGGUGCGAUCGACGGUACGCCGUUUUCGUUGGGUAUUGCCCUGCCCGAUUCCUACGGUGUGCACGAGCUGAAUGCCCAGCAGGAGAUUAGGCAUUCCCAUAUCAAUGUGACGGAACAUUUCAAGGGCAACAAUUGGAAGGUACACCCGGACUGGGUGUACUGCGAGUACAACAGCCUGAAGGACGCGGACGGCAACGGCGAGGGUACGGAGGAGUCCACCUACCGGGAUAAGGACGAAAGUUUCGAUACGCCCGAAGAGCAGGUGCUCCACUUUUUGGCCCGUGUCGGCAGGCCCGGCUGGAAAUGGAUGUCGGUGCGUCCACGUUCACCUCAGCCACACCACGGGCACGGUGGCAUUCCGGUCGGGCAUUACGCUCAGCACCACUUUAACUCGCAAGGUUCGCGCAAAGCGGAACCGUACUAUUGCGACCGUACCCUCGUCCAGAGCCUGGUGCGGGACGCGAUCGUAACCGAUGGGCUGGAUCGCACGCCGAGCCAUCCGUCGCGCAAGGAAGAUCGAAGCCCCAUUGCCACGUUGAUGGCUUUGCUGCACAGCCGUCUCGGGUUCAGCAUGUUCAGCGUGAAGACAACGUUCGUGGCAACGCGAUCGGGGCUGCUGCGCUGGAUUGACCAUUUGCCCCACUCGGAGGACUCCUCGGAACCCCACUUUAGCGAAACGAACGCACGAGCAAUGGACAUGAGCUGGUACAAGCGGGCGGUCGAUCUGUAUGCCACCGAGCCGGAAGGAUUCGUGUUCAGCGUUCCCUUCAACUCUGGAUACUCGGGCAAGAACAGCUCCACGCUCGUGACUGCAAGUCACGCCAUCUUCAUCGAUCACCGCGGCCACAAGGCACCGGCCGCCGUCGUAGGGCUACAGUUUUUGCACGAAUCACUGUUCAAGCACUUCAUCAACAUUACGUCCAAGUGUACCGCCUCGACGACCUGCAAGAAGAACUGUGCGUCGGACGAGCUCGAUUGCUAUCUGCUCGACGACAACGGGUUCGUCAUACUGUCCGAGCGUAGCGAGCACACUGGUAAGUUCUUCGGCCAAAUCGACGGUACGAUCAUGGACUCGCUGGUGCAGGACCGCAUCUACCGGCGGGUACCGCUGAUGGACUACCAGGGCAUCUGUUCCGAUCGGGACAACCCGUACACUGGGGCGGGUGAGCCAUUGAAACCGGUCCGGCCGAUGUCUUGGCUGCUGCAGUACUUUGUGUCGUUCGCGACGUACUGGCUGUCGGUGCUGCCCACACCGAUCGGGGCGUGGCAAAACUCCAACUACAACUACGACGGCACGGACGAUAUCGACGAUGAGGAUACGUACGACUACGAGCAGCCGGACUAUGAGCUGCCGCCGGAGCAUAGCGACGUGACGACGCCGGACUAUGAUCAGCGAUCGACACCGACACCGCAGCGGUCGCAUACGCAGGCAGGGCCACGCGUUGUGCCCGAUCCGGCCCAUGCCCGACCGUGCGAUCUCAAGACGGAUCUGUACGUGCUGCAACCGGAGCGCUUGAAUUCGAGCGGUCAGAACAAUCCACUGAAGGGCAAACUUACCAACUGUCACUCGUCCGGAUGUGAGCGUCCGUUCAGUGUGCAGAAAAUACCGAACAGCAAUCUCAUCUUGCUGGUAGUGGACGUGCUGUGUCCCUGCGGCUCCAAGCAGUUGGACAUUGACCCGCAAGAGGUCGUUGGUGGUGCGGGAGCCUGCGGUGUGCGUCGCAUGGCCAAGGAGAAAAUGCUGAGAAAACGGCCCGGCAAAUGCAUCAGCUACCAUCCGGAGGAGAUUGAAAUUAAGCAGUGCGGCACCGCCACCUCACUGUUCCAUGCGUCCCUGUACUCGACGAUAGCGACCUUUAUUGUGAUAUGGGUGCUGGCCAGCGCGUGAUAGGCAGUGUUCGGUGAGGUUACAUUUUAAAGGAACGGGCAGCUGCUGGGCUGCUCCUUUUGGUUGUAGUGAAGUGAAGAUAAGAGGGAGAGAGGGAGAGAGAAAGAGAGAAAAAGAAAAGACCCCUUCCUGUGCAGUCGGCAUGUAUUUUGAGUGGACUGCAAGCGCUCGUUGACUCGCCGAAUGAAUGGACUUUUGCAACCGUAACCGUAUGCAACUAAAAGGGGAUUACCGCGUUACGUUACGCCUGUUACGUUACGGACGAUAGGGCGGUUUUGUUCACGUGCGUUACCUGUUUGGGUUUGAUACGUUAUUUUCCGACAGUUCUGAACGUGUCAAGGGGAAAGGGGGAUGCGAAAAGAAGCAAACAAAAAAGUACGCGGCGUCAAAGACACUCCGUGUUGGAUGUUACAUCGACGUCACUAAAUACUAUACUAAUGCUAAGGCAAACGUUAUCAAUGUAUACAGUUCGGUUAUGGUGGCAGGGGAAAAGACAGAGAAGAGAGCGAUUAAAGUGGCAAAAAAUUGCAUCUCAAAUUCAGAAGAAAAAAAAACUAAGAGCACGCGUUACUUGUGAAGCCAGCGUGCAAGUGUCAUUCAAGACGACGUUCCAAAUAACCUAUACAGAGACCCAGACAUACCUUUAGUUGGCAUGUGAAUGAGUUAUUCCUCCCCAAACUCUGGGCACUUCGACCGGCACUAUUCUGGUGCGAUGUGCCCGGUGUUUUGUACAUUAGAUGAAUGGCUAACCUCCGUCAAGCGUUUCAGAGAGAAGUGGAAAAAGAGAAUGUUGCAGGGGCACUAGGAGUGUCACUGCAACGGUUUCCACUUGGUGUGGGACCCGGUUGGAUGUUGAUCUUGUUAUGCCGAGAUGCAUUCAACGCAGUGUUUAACCGAGAGUAAAGAGGAUUCUUAUUCUUUAAGCGUUAGUGGCAAACAAAUCUGAAUGCUAGAUGGUAUACGGUAGACGAUGAACAUUAUUAUUUAGAGCAGAGUUUUCGUUGGUAUGGCAGAAGUGUUCAAUCAAAGUUUAUUAUUUAUUAAAUUGAAGAUAAACAGCAAGCUGUUAACAUGUUUUUCAGUUGUAAUAUUAAAUAUUUUGCCUUUAAAUUAUUUCAACUAAUGAAUCAUAUUUUAUCAACAUGUUAAGCUCGUUCUCAUCGUCUACCGUCUAACAUUUGACCAACAAAAAGAAAAAAGAAAAAAAAUGUGGGGACAGGAAUAGAAACACACUCACAACUACAUACAAAAACAACACAUAAAAUAUGGCCAAAAAAAAUCUGUAAGAUACAUUCCAAAUUUUACCUGUACAGAUCAGUAAUAAAUACUUACGCAUAAGUAAAUAGGUCAAAUAAAACGCACCGAUUGAACCGAUGCGUUUUUCCCCCCGGGGAGGGGCGGAUGAGAAGCCGAUGCCGUUCAAUGUGUGAUUGUGAGCCGGAAAAGUGGAUAAAAUGAUUGAAUUAAACAAAAAUAAGACAGCAAACGUACACUUACUACUACUACUACCCGUUGGGCGCACAACGAAGGCGUAGGGGCAGCAACUUUCUGGACAAUAUGAUAAUGAGCAAAACAAUUUAGACAAACGUAUAAAACAAAACAUUCGUGGUGAGCUCGAAUAAAAAGAAAAUACAACCUCCCCUACAAAGAUUAUUGCAAUUCAUCAACUUUAAUUCAUCUUUAGGCAAGUUAGUAGAUUAGAACUUCUCAUAUUCAUGCGGUGGGGGUGAACGGGGGGGUGAAAACUCCGAGCACCCCCCACCCCCCAUUCUCACCAUGGCAGCACACGAACUGGGGAAGAUAAGCAAAUAAAUACAUUAAAAAAAAACAAGCAAAUGAACACUACUAACCGACGCAGCACCGACAAAGGCCGGGGAGGUGUAUCAGUGGUAUCAGUUAGUAUAGAGUUCCGAUUUACGAUAAAGGCCUAUAUUUGUCCGGGCGGUUUUCUCCUGAGUUGAUGUAGCUAAAUGUAGCUAAAUGUAAAUGCACCGUUACAGCAUAGCCGAGCGGCAGGAGGUAGCAGGUACAGUACAGUAGUGGCAGUAGUAGCAGUAGUUGCACAACCACCCCAUUCGCAAGUACGAUGGUUAGUGUUAGUGUUCACUACAAUCCAUUACAUUAGCUGAGAAUUUUCGAGUCGAGUUGUACUGUGUGCAGCAGCAAUAGGAAAUCGUUCUGUUACGUGGUUGGUGGGUGGGUGAGUUUAUUGGCGGUUUGGUUUGGAAGAAAAGAAAAAAAGAAGGCAAAAUGAUACACAAAUGAUUUGCAUAAUUCGUUCGGAGAUAGGGCGAGCGAGAGCGAUCGAGGGCGGUAGACGAGCAGCCGGUGCAAAAGUACUUAGCCAAAUACAACUCCGUUCCAUUUGCUGUCAGUUAGUCGAGUGGUUUAGUAAAUUCUACUUUCACUUUCGUGUCUUGGCUUACGCUAGUUGAACAAUUCUAUGACCUGAACGGGGGAUGUAUGUAAUGUAACGAGCUUAGGUUUGGGUUACCGUUACGAUAUGCGCGUGUGCAUGUUUUCUUUUUUGUCCAGGGGCAAAUUCAGUGCAAAAGUGAACGAGAACGACAUACAAAAAAAAACACAUAAGAAAUUAGAUCAAUGCUCUACGAUAGAGGAAGAAUACAUUGAAAAGGUUUAAAUAUUUGUUUACAAGUUCGAGAUGAAGCUAAUGCUGCUAAUUCUGAAAACAAACGAAUAGGCCCAACUGUCUGUCAAACAUUAGCAACGUGCCUGUAUGAUUUAUUGUCUGCCUUGAAUAGUGGAAUGUUCGGUUGGUUCUUUAAAGUAAGUACAUUGUUUGAUCUAUUGACAAAUUCUAAUCGAUACAAAACAAAACGUAGACAUUUAAUCUCCUGGCUGUUUAGUUUGAUGUUUUACGAAUCUAAAAAAAACCAUACUUUUACGAUGGAAAAAACACAGAGCAGAGCGUCCUACCGGGAUGCUCUGCUGCUGUGCCGAGUGUGUUGAGUUGAGGAAAUGAAUUUAUAGAGACCUACACCGGAACCGUACGAUACAAAUGUGAACGAGCAGCAAUAAGUGAACAAGAUCUGAGCAACGACCGCAAAGAUAUAUUAGUAGUAAUUUGCUAUGGUGGAAGGAAAGCGGUAAGCACACAGAGGAAGGAAAUGUUAUGGAUUGGUGUAAUAGAGUUGUGUUUGUGUUUCUUUACCGGGUCGAAUGGUAAAGAAUGAACACCUCCCCCUCCCCUCUGAAAACAAUGAAAGAAGUGUAAACGAAAAUAGCAAGAAAGUUACAGAUUCCAAAACUAUACACAUAAACACACGUACACAUACACGCACAUCACUAGUUAUCUCUUACAUCCCAACAUUACCAUUGCCACAUUUAUACCGUUGUACGCCAGCUUGUACAUUUAUCUAAAGCAUCUAUUCCAUCGUUCAGACUAGUAGUGCUAUUUUGAAUGGGAGAUGGACAAAAACCGGCACUCACAUUACUAUGCACUUCACAUACUUCGAAUCCCCUCUUCUCCCCCCCCCAGUUUUCAUGCUCUCAUGUCGUUUCAUAAUCUGUUCAUGGAGACUAUAAUUCAAUAGCAAAUCAUCUAACAUUAGUGAGGGCGAGUAGCAACGCGAGCACUUCCGAGUGAGGCGGGGAAGAAGGUACACUAAGAGAAUGCUAAUGAAACGCAUUGGGUCGAAAGAUCGAAUCGUACCGAAGCAGACACAAUCGAACUUGAUAAGAGCGUGAGAGUAUGAAGGUGUGGAAAGUGCAAGGGAGAGAGGGGAGAGAGAGUGUGUGUGUGAGAGAGAGAGAGAGAGAGAGCACGAGAGCGAGGCAGGAAAGGGCAAGCGGGCCGGAAAAAUAAUUUUAUAUAAUGUCUUCCAUAUAGUACUGUAAUGUAAUGCAGAGUAAGCGACAUAUAGUUAUAAACUACAAGUACACGGCACGCUCUACGAAGGGAGGAAAAGGGAUUAUCUGCUAGAAAUCAAAUGGGGCGCUAAGGAAAUCGCGGACCUGGUUCCGCUUUCGGGAGAAACGGAAUCUAGCUGAAGUGUAGGUUGAACUCUAUCUAGAACUCCAAUUGGACAAAGCAACAGAACGGUGUUUGUUUAUUGGAAGAAAUUCUAUAUAUAUAUACACACACACAUACAUACAUACACAGUCAUAUAUAUAUACAUAAAAAGAUAUAGAAAUCUAAUAAAAAAAUACACACCGACACACUCACACAUUCUAGCUAGCUAUUAAGGUAUCUAAAAUAUUUUAAAUGGAACCAUAGUUGACUCUCUGUACUGGCAAACCACAGCAAAUGUAACCCCGAAAAUGGUGGGUGUUACGAUCGAACCGUGUUCUUGAAUCUUGAAGGCGUAUGGAACGCGAGUAAAAAAUCAAAAUCCACUUAACGCGAGGAGAGAAUGUUUGAAAAUAUUGUAAUAUUUCAUUAAAGACUAUUUUUCUCCUCCCACGUAGCUUGGUUUGCUUUUUUUGUGGUAUAAGUUUACGUUUGUAACUGUUUGAUUUGUACUGAUUUGAGCUGUUUGUACUGAAACAGUGAAAGACAAAAAAAGGAAGUUUUUUCUCACGGAAAAAGCAAACCAAAUUGAUACAUGACAAGAAGAAUGCUGUAUGUGUUUCGGUUUUACGUUUCUAGCAUACGAACCCGAAAGUCCUGGGGCGGUUCGGACAGAACACUGGACAUGUGUGAGAAGCGAAAAAAAGGGAAAAAGAAUAGGAAGGAAAAAAACCAAACAGUGAAAGAUGAACAAAACUAAGUGAAUAUAAUUAGAUAGUUCGAUAUUGUAAUUGCACUUAAAACAUAAAACCAGAGGAGGAACACGAAGGAACAUCAAAAAAAGAAAUACCAACCAGAUAAACCAUCAGACAUUAAAAACCCUAUACGAAUCUUCACAACAUAUGAAAAACGAUCCAUAAACAAUGAAGCAGCAGAAACAAGGAAAACAUAAACGUACAGAAACAUAAUGAAAAAAAAAACAUACACUUUGUGCACUGGAGCAGGGAUGCUAGGGAGGGCAAAAUUGGAGCGCGAACAAAACAUUUGUAAAUAAUGUCAAACAAGCAAACAGGAACCCAUUGAAAAGAAAGAAAGAACACAAAAAGCACAAUUAAACAUAGGAGAUACAGCCAGAAGAGAAAAAGGAUAAAAACGGCGUACCAAUCGAACACUUUGAUCAAAGAUGUUUCCUGCGCGGAACACUUUAAACAUUCGACGGAAAAAAUAAUGUUAAACGACGGCAAAUAAGAAAAUCUUUUUGUUUAAUACAUUUCCACCAAUGUGACACUUAAAGUAAGAAGCAAAGUGGGCCAUGUUGUGCUGCGAAUUGCAUAUUGUUGGGCGUAUUCCGCUGCAUUUACUGUUUGCUUUGUAAGAAUCUCUCAUGACAACUCCUAAAAGUAUGCAAUACGCGCGACAGAACGUUUUUGUUUAACAAAAAUAAGACCAUAAAUAAUAAUCGAAAGAGUUGUUAAAAAAGAUGAUAAUUUCGAUAAACGUUCUGUUUGAGGUUUUUUCGAGGUUGUGUGCAGUUGAGCCAAUGUUGAGGAAUCUUGCAUAUCAGUUGAUCAGGAUGAGCUGAAUUUUUGGGUUUAUGUUUUGUGUGUCUUGAACCACCUGAUCGUUAACCACAUAUCCGCAAUCUACACAUUUCAAAUCGCGAAAUCUUUUAUACUUUAAAGCAACCAUAAUUACUUGAAAAGAAAAAGCAAUCUUAAUACAGGAAGCACGUGUUGAUUUUGACAUAUCAACCUUGUUUUUACGAGCAAAAAGUUGACAUUUUGAAAACGAGAAAACAGUUUUGUAUUCAGUGCAUCAUUUAAAAAAACAAUGGAAUUAAGGCAAAGAGUUAUGCAUUUGUUUAAACUGACAAGAAAUUAAUAGCAAUGCAGAGAUGACUAACCACCUGAGAGAGAACAGCUCAAGAAUGAGUUUUGCGGUCUUUACAGUAAUUGAGGCUAGCAACACAAUAAAUACGAAAAAAUAUCUAAGUGUGUGAAUUGGUGGAAAAUUACAUUUGGAGUAAUACAUUUUGAAACCGUUGAGUGUACAAUGGAGCAAAACAAAAAAAAGUAAAACCAUACACAAAAACACUCUACUACACACACACACACACACACACACACACACACACACA